UAAGCAAAAAAUCAAACACCAAAAUGGCAUCGUUUUAGUGGUGAGAACUAGGGAAAGAAAAACACGUACAAUGAAAUGAAAUAGAAGAAAAACCCUUCACUCAUUCGCCGAACCCUGAAGAAUACUGCUUUCUGAACCCGUGAUAGUGAACGCGAAGAACACCUUCCUCUUCGCACUUAGCAUAGUCGCAUAGUUCUGAAAUUCGACGCUCAGAUUGGUGAAUCCAGAGGUGAAAGUUUAUUUUUUGAAUUGUGAGGUAGAUUGACCAAAUAAACAGAGUCAAAAAUGAAGAUGGUAACUGCUUUCACCGGCAACAUGAAGAAAGCUGCUGCUGGACUUAGACGCAUUAAUCUUGAUGGUCUUCGAUGGAGGGUUUUUGAUGCAAAGGGCCAGGUUCUUGGGAGGUUAGCAUCUCAAAUAGCUACUGUAGUUCAAGGAAAGGAUAAGCCAACUUACACACCUAAUCGUGAUGAUGGAGACAUGUGCAUUGUUCUUAAUGCAAAAGAUAUUUGUGUGACUGGGAGAAAACUUACAGACAAGGUCUACUACUGGCAUACAGGGUAUAUUGGCCACCUCAAGCAAAGGACUCUAAAGGAUCAAAUGGCCAAAGACCCUACUGAAGUCAUUCGCAAAGCUGUUCUGCGUAUGCUCCCUAGAAACAAACUACGUGAUGACAGGGAUCGAAAAUUAAGGAUCUUUCCUGGCAGUGAGCACCCGUUUGUUGAUCGCCCACUUGAACCUUAUGUGAUGCCUCCUAGAAGUGUACGAGAAAUGAGGCCGCGAGCAAGGCGUGCCAUGAUUCGAGCACAGAAGAAGGCUGAGCAGCAACAACAGAAGGCUGAUGGAAUGAAGAAGGGCAAAAAUGGAGAAGCACAGGAAGAAAGUGCAUGAAGAUGCAAUUUUGCUCAAGAAAGAUGACACUGACCAUUGGUUAUGGUUGAAAUUUGAAGCCAUAUAUGUCUCUGUUAGCAAUCCUACAAUGCCCUAUUGAAUUGUGUUUGAAAUUUUUUUAUUUUACAAGUCUUUUAGUAAGAGCAUAGCUUAAGAGCAUGAUUGAUUCACAUUAGCCGUUUCGUGCGUCCUUUUCAGUAAUAAUUUUCUUAAGUUCAAGCUUAGAAGUUUAGACUAACUAGCAUUUUGGUCGUCAGCUACUUCCUUCACUGUCAAACAGUGCCACAGUGCAUUCAAGUUGUCGAAAUUGCUUUUCUGUGUUUUCUCUUCCCUUGUUAGUGGUUAAUGGUUUUUCCUUGGUAA